AUGGCCAUGGGGACAGACCAGGUGGUGGGACUCAGCCUCAUUGUCGUUAGCCUCAUCAUCUUCACCUACUAUGCCACCUGGGUGAUUCUUUUACCAUUUGACAGCCAGCAUGUCAUCCCCAAGUAUUUCCUGCCCCAGCCUAUGCUGUUGCCAUCCCCACUACCUGCUGGCCUCCUGCUGCUCCUGUUUGUGGGACUGUUCAUCGCCUAUGUGAUGCUGAAGAACCAGAAGGUGACCAAAAAGGCUCAGUGAGG